CAAUGUACUUCCAUGUUGCUGACCUCGUGACCCGGAAAUAGAAGUUUUGCAGCACAGGCAGUUAUUCCGCGUCUGUGGUGUAGGAAGAGUAAUACUAGCGACAACAUGCUUAUCAAAGUGAAGACGCUCACCGGAAAAGAGAUAGAGAUCGAUAUUGAGCCCACCGACAAGGUGGACAGGAUAAAAGAACGAGUGGAGGAGAAAGAAGGCAUCCCUCCACAGCAACAGAGACUCAUCUAUAGUGGAAAACAAAUGAAUGAUGAGAAGACUGCUUCUGACUACAAGAUCCAAGGUGGAUCAGUACUACACUUAGUUCUUGCGUUGAGAGGAGGCUGCUGAGCAUUCCCUUUUUGUUUACUGGUCAUUUCAGUCGAACAUUUUGGUUGGGCGGGGAAACUGCAUCCAAUGAGUCAUCAUGCAUGGUUUGCAAUUGUAUCUCACACUCUUCCGUUUUGCUUGUAAAAUAAUAUUGUUUACGUGCAUUAAUGUUUUUCUUCCCUAAAUAAAUGGACAUGCCUAUG